UUAGGUGACGCUGGGAAGUGCUUGCACCCUUCGCCGCUGCCUUCUGGUUGAAGCAGUAUGGAGGGAGAGAGGAAGAACAACAACAAGCGAUGGUAUUUUACUCGAGAACAGCUGGAAAAUAGCCCGUCCCGUCGCUUUGGCCUGGACCCAGAUAAAGAACUCAAUUAUCGCCAGCAGGCGGCUAAUCUGCUCCAGGACAUGGGACAACGACUUUACGUCUCACAAUUGACUAUCAAUACUGCUAUAGUUUAUAUGCAUCGAUUCUACAUGAUUCAGUCCUUUACACAGUUUAAUCGGAUUUCUGUGGCUCCGGCAGCCUUAUUUCUAGCAGCUAAAGUAGAGGAGCAGCCAAAAAAACUGGAACAUGUCAUCAAGGUAGCUCACGCUUGUCUCCAUCCUCAGGAAUCACUUCCUGAUACCAGGAGUGAGGCUUACCUGCAACAAGUUCAAGAUCUAGUGAUACUAGAAAGUAUAAUUUUGCAGACUUUAGGUUUUGAACUCACAAUUGAUCACCCACAUACACAUGUGGUAAAGUGUACUCAGCUAGUUCGAGCAAGUAAGGACUUAGCACAGACUUCAUACUUCAUGGCAACCAACAGCCUGCAUUUGACCACAUUUAGCCUGCAGUACACACCUCCUGUAGUGGCCUGUGUCUGCAUUCAUCUGGCUUGCAAGUGGUCCAACUGGGAGAUCCCAGUCUCAACUGACGGGAAGCACUGGUGGGAGUAUGUUGACGCCACUGUCACCCUGGAACUUUUAGAUGAACUGACACAUGAAUUUCUACAGAUUCUGGAGAAAACUCCCAACAGGCUCAAAAGAAUUCGCAAUUGGAGGGCAUGCCAGGCUGCCAGGAAAACAAAACCAGAUGACCGAGGGACAGAUGAAAACACCUCAGAACAGACAAUUCUCAGUAUGAUUUCCCAGAGCUCUUCAGACACAACUAUUGCAGGUUUAAUGAGCAUGUCAACUUCUACCACAAGUGCAGUGCCUUCUCUUCCAGCCACUGAAGAGUCAUCUGGCAACUUAAGCAAUGUAGAGAUGUUGCAGAGUGAGCGCUGGCUAUCCUCCCAACCUCCGUUUAAACUAGAAUCUGCUCAAGGUCAUCGGACUAGUGAGAAUUUAGCACUUGUAGGAAGUGUUGAUCAUUCCUUACAACAGGAUGGUUCAAAUGCGUUUGUUUCCCAAAAGCAAAAUAGUAAAAGUGUGCCAUCAGCUAAAGUAUCAUUAAAAGAAUACCGUGCAAAGCAUGCAGAGGAGUUGGCUGCCCAGAAGAGACAACUGGAGAACAUGGAGGCCAAUGUGAAGUCACAAUAUGCAUAUGCUGCCCAGAGUCUCCUGUCUCACCAUGAUAGUCAUUCUUCUGUCAUUCUGAAAAUGCCCAUAGAAGGCUCAGAAAACCCUGAGCGAUCUUUUCUCGAAAAGGCUGAUAAAACAGCUCUCAAAAUGAGAAUCCCAGUGACGAGUGGAGAAAAAACUGUCUCUUCAAAACCAGAGGAGAUAAAAAUGCGUAUUAAAGUCCAUACCGCAGCUGACAAGCACAAUUCUGUAGAUGACAGUGUCACAAAGAGCCGAGAACACAAAGAAAAGCACAAGACUCAUCUCUCUAACCAUCACCAUCAUCAUAAUCACCACUCACACAAGCACUCUCACUCACAGCUGCCAGCCGGUACUGGGAACAAACGUCCAGGUGAUCCAAAACAUAGUAGCCAGACAAGUACCUUAGCACACAAAACCUAUAGCUUGUCCAGUUCUUUCACAUCUUCCGGUUCUACUCGUAAAAGGGGUCCUCCUGAAGAGACUGGAGGGGCAGCAUUUGAUCAUCCAGCCAAGAUUGCCAAGAGUACUAAAUCCUCUUCUAUAAAUUUCUCCUUUCCUCUUCCUACAAUGGCCCAGUUGCCUGGGCAUAGCUCAGAUACAAGUGGCCUUCCAUUUUCACAGUCCAGCUGUAAAACUCGAGUUCCUCAUAUGAAACUGGAUAAAGGCCCUGCUGGGGCCAAUGGUCACAACACAACCCAAACUAUAGACUACCAAGAUACCGUGAAUAUGCUUCACUCCCUUCUCAGUGCCCAGGGUGUCCAGCCCACCCAGCCCCCUUCAUUUGAAUUUGUUCAUUCUUACAGUGAAUAUCUGAAUCCACGGGCUGCUGGAAUGUCUUCCAGAUCUGGCAAUACAGAUAAACCCCGGCUACCACCUUUGCCAUCAGAACCUCCUCCACCACUCCCACCACUUCCUAAGUAAGAAAGAAAAAGAAGAGAAAAAAUACUUCUUUAAAAAACAUAGGGUUUAAAAAAAAAACAAAAGCCAAAAAAAAAAAAAAUUCCAGCCCACAAACGAAACCCCACACACACAAAAAAAAACUACUGAGUGAACUAAAAAAGUUACUUCCCUUUUGAAAUAUGCUGGUGUCACCUUCGUGGACUAGGGAAUGAGUUGAUAGGGAGAAGUAGGUGGGAGGAUGGUAGAAGGCCUUGGUUAUUGUAUCUGCUGCCUCAGAAAUUUAACUAUUUUGUUAUAGUUUUUAUUGGUAUUAGAGAGCUGAGUGUUGAAGCUGUGAAGGAUUAACAAUACUUUCUCUAUUGGCCUCUCCACCUCCUUAAUAAGUUCAUUAGAAUUGAUAGCUUCCCUCUUCUUGCCAGGACUGAAAUAUGAGGGCUUGUUUUAUCAAAAACAGUUGUGGAUCCUUUUGGUUUUUAAUAUAGAAGAGAGGAAGUAUUUAAACGUCAAAAUCUUUUAAGAGACUUAAAUAAUUUAAAGAAAGUAAGUUAUCUGUUGAGUUUUUUUUAUAUAUAAUUGGGGAGGGGAUAGGGAUUUUGCUGUGUGUAUGAGUUACAUAGCAAU